UAUCUCGUUUCUUUCUCCGUCUCUCUUUUCUUCCAUUUACUUCAAUAAUUGAUUUCAAAUUCAAAAUUUCUCACAUAUCUCUCUGCAAUUAUCUCCAAAGGGAUUGGUAAGUAAGGAAUAGAAAUGGGGCUGUCAUUCGCGAAGCUUUUUAGCCGGCUUUUUGCCAAGAAGGAGAUGCGAAUUUUGAUGGUGGGUCUUGAUGCAGCCGGUAAGACCACCAUCUUGUACAAGCUCAAGCUUGGAGAAAUUGUUACAACUAUUCCAACAAUCGGAUUUAACGUGGAAACUGUGGAAUAUAAGAACAUUAGUUUCACCGUGUGGGAUGUUGGUGGUCAGGAUAAGAUUCGUCCAUUGUGGAGGCAUUACUUCCAGAAUACACAGGGUCUCAUCUUUGUGGUUGACAGCAACGACAGAGACCGGGUUGUUGAGGCCAGGGAUGAAUUACAUAGAAUGUUGAAUGAGGAUGAACUGCGAGAUGCAGUAGUACUUGUAUUUGCAAACAAGCAGGAUCUUCCAAACGCAAUGAAUGCUGCUGAAAUAACUGAUAAGCUUGGUCUCAACUCCCUUAGAAACCGUCACUGGUACAUCCAGAGCACCUGUGCAACAUCUGGUGAAGGGCUUUAUGAGGGCCUGGACUGGCUUUCCAACAACAUAGCUAGCAAGGCCUGAAGUCAUUAGGAAGGUUAUUAUUAUU